AUGAAUGAUUAUAAUAUUGAAUUUCUGAGAAAACAAUUUCUAUGUUGUGCUCCUUUAAAUAACUUUAAAUGGCCGUUAGAACAAAACAAUGUGGAAAUUGAUAAUGAUGUUUAUAAUGCAUAUUGCAAAAAUGUUGUUUCUCCAGAUGAACAGUCAUUAAUGCAUUAUCGACAUUUUCUGUUAAAUAAUCAAAGUGAAAAUAAUCUUCUUAGCAUAAAAGAAAGUACAAGUAUUAUAUCACAAGGAACAACUGGGCUGUAUAUUUGGAAGGCUGCUUUUUAUUUAGCAGAGUGGUGUAUUGCAAAUAAACAAGAAUUUGAAGGAAAAAAUGUAUUAGAACUUGGAUCAGGUGUUGGUUUAACUGGUCUUACAAUAAUAAAUUUUUGUGCACCAAAAAUAUAUUAUUUCUCUGAUGAAAAUCCAAUCGUUUUAAAAACUUUACAAGAAAAUGUUCGUUUAAAUUUGCUACACAAACAGAAGACAUUUUUAUGGAAAGAAAUUUUAGUAAAUAAUAGAAUACAAUUUGAAUCAAUUGAUUUAGAUUUAGUCAUUGCUGCAGACAUAUUGUAUGAUAUAAGUACAUUUCAAUCAUUGGUAUCUGGUUUAAGAAAUUUAAUUUGCACGACUGUUAACUAUGUCUUAAUUGCUACUACAGUUCGAAAUGAAUCAACUAUAUUAGAAUUUUUUAAUAUUUUAGAUAAAUAUGAACUUUCAUAUGUAGAAGAAUCAAUUUUUAUACCGCACAUGUUUAUACAGUGUGAGGACACACCAAUUAGAAUAUUAAAAAUUUUAAAUAAAAAUAAAUAAUUAUUAAAUUAUA